AUGAAGCUGGAAGCGAGAUCUUGUAUCGUUAACGCACUCAUGCAUUCCGUAAUGUAUCCAGUCUUCAUUACGAUUUUAGAAUCCCUUCGCGUAGAUCGAUAUUCCUCCCAAGCAUUGGUAGCAGUUAUUGUCACCUGCUGCUCCUGCCACCGAGCCCAUGUUCUGAGAAGAUCCGCCAUUGCUGUUCCCGAACGCUCAAAUCGCCGAAGAAGGCAGUGCGCUCGCUGUAUGUCCGGACAUGCGGUGACCUCUGUACUCAAAGCCUUUCGCAUAGAUGGCAAUGAUUAUAAGUGUGGAACGCUGCAGCUACGAAGCUAUAUUGUAAAGCUACGGGCGGGUGGACGUACCUGUGAGAAGAUGAUAGUCCCGGACUUACCUGGUAACGUAUGUGGGCCUGAUGAAGUUGUUAUUCGCAUUUCGCUAAGCCACCAGUGUCUGAUCUUGUUCCAGUUUGAACGUAGCAGCCAAGGUAGCCAUAUUGAAUCGAAGGGCUGGCACUUGGUCCAGGAGGCUUCUUACUCCAGAGGGGCCAGAAGGCUGCAAGGAACUCACUCCAACACUUCCCGUGGCGCCGACUAA